GUGACCAUUGGGGGGCAGGGGGUGUAAUUGCAGGCUGGGGUCUGGCUGUGCGUGAGACACAUUGUAUGUGAGUGGUGGCCUUCCGUCUAGUUGGCUAGUGACAAAUGGGACAGAUAGAGGGACAGACAGAGGAACAGAUGCAGGGACAAAGUGACAGAUGCAGGGACAGACGUAGGAAAAAGGAAUAAGCACUGAGCUCCCAGUGGCCAGCAGUGACCCCUUGUGUCAGCUGCACAAGCCAAGCUCCUAAUCAGGCCAAGCCGAGCCAUCAGGUGUAUGAACAUCAGGAAUAAAUUCCAAUUGAAAAACCAGUGCCCUGAUUGUCGAAUGCUGCGUACACAGAGGCUGACUGGUUAUUAUUGUCUUUAUUUAAUCAAUUGACUGAUGCUUUAAAACGUAAUCCGUCGCAAAAUGCAGACCAAUCAGCUUUGUUUACACGAAUCAUCAAAUUAUCGGACAGCAUUUUAUUAGUGUAUAUUUGUUUAAAUAUUAAAAUUGCACAUAAAUAACACAAUAAAAUAGUGUGAAGUCAUUUAGAAUAUAACAUUGUUUACAUUUUGCAUUGAAUUAAAUGAAAAUUUCAGUCACACCUGACUAAAAGAUCAGCUGAUCUGAGGCCCAGUGACACCAGUGACUCCUGUGGACUGGGUCUCCUGUUGUUCUGCCACCUCCUUGGCUUCCUGACCCUCGCAGGAAGCUGAAAUUUGAUGUGUUCACUUUUCAAUUGUUAGUGAACAACAUGCCAGGGUGCCAAGGAUCUGCAGAUUUACACAUGCUACAAUCGUUCUAAAUAACCAAAUAAUGAUAAUGUUCUGAAUAAAGGUAUUUGAUUAUAUAAUGAAAUUCUAAUUGGCCAUUUACUGUUAAUUCCGGGAUGCUUGAUGUGCUUCAGGCUGGCGUGUACAUUUAGACGUUUUAAGGUCACCUGUCUUCUGAUGAUAACGGUGACUACGAUGAUGUCCACCUUAGUCGUCACCCUUCUCCCCAAGCUGAAGUGGUCCCAUAUCAGGGGUGUCCACCUCACACUUGUAAUCUUGGCAACAGGCCCAGCUGGCCCCCCACUGGAAUAGGGGUGGGGGUCAGAUCAGCGGUUCCCCGAUGUUUAUAGUGGAAAGACCGCGGUAUUCAGGCCAUCAGAGGAGAUGACGGGCACAAGCACAGUGAAGCGGCAGGCUGCUUGAAUGACGUCACCGUUCACUGAGAUGUUGGACGUUCAGCGGGGUUUCCCCGUUAUCUGACACUCAUUAAUUCUCAAAACAAAGGACUGGGGAGCCUCUUAAAGCAGGAAUUUCCAUCUUUUCCGGACUGAAAAUUAAAGAGGCAGAGAGUGGAUGUUCCGCAAAGACUGAGCAUGUGCAGACGUUAGCAUUGCUGUCAUAUCGUGUGUAAUGCUUGUUACAUUGAUGUUUUCUUCCUUUCUUCCUUUUCCCUGGGCCGUCUGCCCCCCCCCCAAUCUUCCCUGUGCCUCACUGUUGUUGAACGUAGCCCUGGAGGGUAAGACCUUCGUGUGUGUCUGUGUGUCUGUUUGUCUGUGUCUCGUUGCGCAUGCGCCUGUCUAUCUGUCUGUGUGUCUUUGCGUAUGUUCCUGUCUAUCUGUCUGUGUCUUGUUGCAUAUGUGCCUGUCUGUCUGUCUGUGUCUCUUUGUGUAAGUGCCUGUCUGUCUGUCUGUGUCUCGUUGCGUAUGUUCCUGUCUAUCUGUCUGUGUCUCGUUGCGUAUGCGCCUGUCUGUCUAUCUGUGUCUCGUUGCGUAUGUGCCUGUCUGUCUGUCUGUGUCUCGUUGCGCAUGUGCCUGUCUGUCUGUCUGUGUCUCGUUGCGUAUGUUCCUGUCUGUAUGUCUGUGUCUCGUUGUGUAUGUUCCUGUCUGUCUGUCUGUAUCUCGUUGUGUAUGUGCCUGUCUGUCUAUCUGUGUCUCGUUACGUAUGCGCCUGUCUGUCUAUCUGUGUCUUGUUGCGUAUGCGCCUGUCUGUCUGUCUGUGUCUCGUUGCAUAUGCGCCUAUCUGUCUGUGUCUCGUUGUGUAUGUGCCUGUCUGUCUAUCUGUGUCUCUUUGUGUAUGUGCCUGUCUGUCUGUCUGUGUCUCGUUGCGUAUGCGCCUGUCUGUCUGUGUCUCGUUGCGUAUGUGCCUGUCUGUCUGUCUGUGUCUCGUUGCCUAUGCACCUGUCUGUCUAUCUGUGUCUUGUUGCGCAUGUGCCUGUCUGUCUGUCUGUGUCUCGUUGCGCAUGUGCCUGUCUGUCUGUCUGUCUGUGUCUCUUUGUGUAUGUGCCUGUCUGUCUGUCUGUGUCUCGUUGUGUAUGUGCCUGUCUGUCUGUCUGUGUCUCGUUGCCUAUACGCCUGUCUGUCUGUUUGUAUCUCGUUGCGUAUGCGCCUGUCUGUCUGUCUGUGUCUCGUUGCGGAUGUGCCUGUUUCUCUAUGUCUCUGUGCACAUGUGCCUGUCUCUAUGUGUGUCCGUGUCUGUAUCCAUGUGUGUGCGCGAGUUGGUCUUUACUACAUGUUGUAAACCACAGGUUUUACCAAAUGUGGUAAAAACCUGUUACUUUUAGCUUGCGGGGACAUUCUUCAGGUCCCCAUAAUAUAAAUUUUAAUCUAAUAAAAAUCUCGGACUGCAAUCAAAAAACUAAAAACGCCAAAAGUCUUUGUAUUUCGUUUGGUUACUUAUGGUUAAGGUUGUCAUAGUUUUAGGAUUAUGGUGAUGCCCAUAGAAAUGAAUGGACGAUCCCCACAAAGACAUAAAUACCCAGUCUGUGUGUGUGUGUGUGUGUGUCCAUCUGUCACAUUCCUCCUCUCUUCCGUGGGAUUGCAUGUCAGCAGGUGUUUGGGGUGUGGGAAUCUUUGCCCCCACCCUGAACCACUUGGCCAUCCGGUUGUGGUUUAAGUCAUUGUGGUAAUGGAAUGCCGAUGCUUUUGGGAGUCCGUGAUGUUUUUCACCCCAAGAAGCACGUCUGCCUGGCUGUUUGAGACAGGAGGACUGAUGCAGCUCGAGUGUGGAAUGUAGAGUGUUAAACGUAAAGGUGUGUGAUGUAGUGUAACGCAGUACUACAGUGAGCUGUACCUAACCAGUCAAAUAUAUCGAGGGUGAGGUUAGUGCUAUUAAUACACCUUUCAGUUCUGCAAAGGAGAGGGCUUAAAGCAUAUAUGAAACCAUUCAUUGACCACUCUGCCUUUAAAAGGUAUUUAUGAACUGUCUGUAUUCCGAUUGGAUAGAUAUUCUUUCAUAUGAAGUCCUUCUGGUUUCUGAUUGGCCGGGUAGUAGCAUGUGACAGGUUCCCAUCUGUUUCUGCACAUAACAGUGCAUGUUCAUGGUCUGAUUGUUUUAUGGCAUCUUGCUGUAUACAAAUAUGCAGCUUUAAAACACCUUCCUUCACAGCAAUAGCAUUAUAGCAUUUUAUGAGUUUAUGAAAGUACUUUUUUUGAAACCUAAUAAUAAUAGUAAUAAUCUGCCAUUUAUGACCAUGAUUGGCAUUUUUCGCUAUGAUGUAUAUUCAUUUUUAUUUCUUAAAACCAAGACAAAUAUUAAAACCAGCAGAAGGUGAGGAUGGUGGAGCACAGUUGUCUACAAAUCAGUUUUCUCGUUCGUCAUAAUUAUUAUUCACUCACAUCAAUACUUCUAUAAAGGUAUCUCAAAAGGUUUUUUUUUUUAAAUAAAUUUCAUUUGGCAAACUUGAGUAGUGCCACCUCACAUAUGUCAGGUGGCAUAAACAUCAGAGUCAGAAAGUUCAAGUUCAGAAAGUACAAAUCCGGACCAAGGUUUUGUUUCAACCAACCAGUUGAGCAUGAACAGUCACAGUCACAGAGCACUCAACUGGCUGGUUGAUACAAAUUCCUGGACUGGAUUUGUACUUUUUGGGCCUGAACUUUCCACCUCUACUAUACAUACUGUACAGUUCCUGAGGAAACUGAGUGUGGGAGCCGAGUGUCAGGCUGGGGAGGCUAAUUCCUCCGCUUGUUUUCUCUGUGUUGUCUGUGAUCUGGCUGUGGUUUUGUUUAAUGAUCUGUUUAGGUUUCUAUAUAUUCACUGCCUGACCAUGAACAUACUUUUUAUGUAUCUGUGUUCAGUUGGAAGUAUGAAGAAACGUAAACAUUUCGAAAAAGAGUUUGAGUCAUUAUCCACCAUUCUGGUGAAAACAAGACAAUUGGUGCUAUAGAAUACAUGUUUACGAAGACUUUGUAAAACUUCCUGUGUGCAACAUUUUUAAUGGUGGCAGUAAAUCUUUCAGGCAUUGGAAUGUCCCAAAAGUUUGCUUGUAUAAUUUAAGUCUGACAUGUAUCGUGUCUGUCCUUUUUGUGGUAUGCAAGAAAUACAGUCUUUAAUCAAUUUUAGUUGGCUAUAAUUAGUCCUGGUUGAGGAAGUAAUGAUGGUCCCCUCAUACAAAGUCUCCCUCCUGUGAUUUGUCUAGAUUCA